AAAGCCAAUCUUCACAUGCUAACAACUGGCUUUUCACGUUAUCAUAUAAUUAACUCAAUUUAAUCAAAUGAUUGUUGACUAAUGUUUGAUUUCAAGUGACAUAACAAUAGACAAAUUAAAAAUUAUAAAAUAUUAAAACAUUGUCUCCGCACUUGAUGAAAGCUUUGACAAACUGUUGAACUCCCAAAUCUGGUUACCUUCAUCAGCAAUGGCGCUAAAAAUAAUCAAGAUCUCCCGAGUCAGCCCCGCAACUGAUUCAUCCUGCGACUCAGUUGAUCCGCUGGUUCUCCCUCUCACUUUUUUCGACUUGCGGUGGGUAAGAUCCCAUCCUACCCAGCAAGUCAUCUUCUACAAACUCUUUAAGUCAUCUCGUGAGUUUUUCUACUCCGUCAUUCUCCCGAGGCUUGAGCUUUCUCUCUCGCUUGUCCUCCACCACUACAUCCCGUACGCCGGUCACCUCACGUGGGAUCCACAAAAUCCAAAGCCCCACAUUGUUGUCUUCGGCCACGACACUGUCUCGCUGACAGUGGCGGAGUCCGAUGCUGAUUUUUUAUUUAUUUCUAGCAAGGGACUACGUCCCCAGUCGGAAUUACGUGUCUUGGUGCCCGAGUUAUCGGUUUCGUGUGACUCGACCUCUCUAUAUUCUUUGCAAAUAACAUUGUUCCCCAACCAAGGGUUUUGCAUUGGCCUAGCGGAACAUCAUGUUGUCAAAGACGGCGUAGGGUCAAUAAUGUUUAUCAAAUCAUGGGCUCAUAUUUGUAAAUUACUAGGACAUAGAACUUUGACGUUACCUUGUCUUCCCAAGGAUUUGACUCCAAUUUUAGAUCGUACUCUCAUCAAUGUCCCGCCCGGUCUUGAAUCAAAGAUUAUGCAAUCAAUAUGGUACUUCUCCGAUGAAAAAGAUGGCAAGAGAACCCUAAGGCCGCCUCCAACAGGGCAUAUCAGUACCGAUCUUGUUCGGAUCACACUCCAGCUGACUCAGGAGAAAGUCAAGAACCUUAAGGAGCAAGCCAAGCGAGAGUCAGCUCGCUCUCUUCAUGAUCUUUAUUUGUCAACAUUCGUCGUCACAACCGCUUAUCUCUGGAGCUGCCUGGUAAAGACGCGCGGUGACAGUGAAGAAAGGCCAGUGCUUUUCAUGUAUGCAGCCGAUUUUAGGAACCGGUUAGAUCCACCGGUUCCAGAGAGGUACUUUGGGAACUGUGUGUUCCCUAUUGGUUGCUUUGGAUACAAAGCAAAGCCAUUUUUGGGAAGAGACGGUUUCAUCAACGCUAUCGAGAUUCUUGGAGACUCAGUCAAAAGUUUGGGUUCACAAGGAAUUGAAACACUUUGCGAGUUGUAUAUUGAUGGAACGAAGCAGGUGAAACCGGGUACUCAAGUUGACUCUGUUUCGGGGUCGAACCGGACUGGGGUAUACGGGUCAGAUUUCGGAUGGGGUAAACCCGUAAACCAUGAGAUUGUGUCCAUUGACCGGUAUGCAGCGUUCACGAUAUCGGAGAGGAGGGAUGAGAUAGGUGGCGCUGAGAUCGGUUUGUGUUUGAAGAAGAGUGAGAUGGAUACAUUUAUGUCUUUGUUUAAUUAUGGUUUGGACAUUAUUGUAUCACGUAUUUAGUGGUGCCUGCUUGCAAAUUUGUCUUUUUGAAUGAAAAAAAUUGUUGCAAUAUUAAGCACAACACAUUACACAUAUGUCAUUGCUCUUGGUCA